AUGUCUUAUUACGACAUUGAUGCGAUCCUUACCGAUGCAGAGAAAGUCCCUUGCGAAUUCCAACUCGACGUCCCGGAGCUCGGCUACCUGGACAACAGCCCUUCGCACGCCCUCAAGGCCGGCACCAAAGUAAACCUGCCGCUCUGGCUGGCCGAGAUGCUGGCGCUAGCCAACACGACUCACCCGACCAGCUCCGACCCGGACGACGCCCGGUCCUUCGUGUCGCUGAACCUGCCCACGCCGCUCGCCGACGACGUCAUCCAGGCCCUCAAGGCAGAUCCGCGCUCCGUGCCGCUGCGCGACCGCAGCCCGCACUUCUUCUCCCUCAGCACGCGCGUCCUCGACCUGUUUGAGGAGCGGGACCUGGCCGCCGUCCUGCGCAAGAGCUUCGUCGUCAGGGCGGGCGACGUCGGCCUGCAUGCGAGGAAGGUCGGCGGCGCUGGCGGUGGGAGCAAUGCCGGGGGCAGGGGCAAGGAUGAUGACAAGGGGAGUAAUAUCGGGCUCGGGGGGCAGAGCGAGGAGUUUCUGAGGGGGUUGGACGAGUGGGAGAGGAAUUUGUUCAGGAGGACGCAUGAGGGCAUCAAGGCUGGGAGCGAGUGGAUGGAAAACGUCAAGAAGAACUGA